UCGGCUGAUGCGGGGGUUUUCCAUGCAAGGUGCGUGUUGGGAGAAUGGGGGGGAAGUAACAAUUCCCGUCAUUUUAGGAUGAAUGUUUGCUGCUUUGUUCCAAGUUGAUCUGAUUUGGGAGUUCUCAAAGCACAAAGCAACUUUCAAGAGGAGCAGGAGGAACUUAGUGUUGAACUUUGGCAACAUGGAAAUGAUCUGGGAAGUGCUGGUAUUGCAGCUGCCCAUUUACCUCUGGAUGCCAGGGGAUUUUACGAGAGGGGAAUUGUGGAACAGGAACAAACAUUGAGGUCUCUUCAUUGGGUGAUAAUUUCUAGAGAACUCGGUCUUGGGUGACAGGUUCCUCUUCCCUAUGACACUAUUUUUCUGAUGUACAGGGAAAGAUUGUGCAAUAACUGUCCUGACAUCGGGUGGUUGAUAGCUCUGCGGUACCUCUCUGGGUACUUCCAGAGCUGCUCUCUCCUUUUCAGCUUUUCUAUCAAGUCAGUUGGAGAAGCGUUACCCUGUUUGGUUUGCCAACCAAACUCCUGCCUGCACCAUCUGUGUGGUGCCUGGAUCGAUUCCAGUGGAGCUUGUACUGCAGCUGCUUCCUAACUUGUUACUGUUACAGACAGCUGAGAGGAAUUGGCCUCUGUGUUAAACAUCUUUUGAAAGAUAACUGAGUCGUUGGACGCUGAUAAGGAGUCUGAAAACAAUAAAGUCUUAUUCCUGUCCUCUGAGGCGUGCAGUUUAUGGUGAGUGUUGGGAACACCGAGCACUCUUUGCCUCCCCAGCACUCAGAGGAUCGAGGCCGUACCCUCAUCUGGGGCUACUUAGCCUCGGAGAGUGGCCACUUAGGUUGGGAGGAGGAUUUCUGCAUGAAGGCUCGGAUGAGCUACCUCUGGGAAUGAUAGGUGGAGUUUUUUGUGUUUUAACGUGUCUUUGUAUGGGGCACUUGGAAAACACCUGAAAAUGGGGCAGGGAGGAAGGUAGAAAAGCAUUUAGGUCAGCUUUAUGAUGAAAACCGGACUUGCCAUGUUUUUUGAGACUCAAACCUGGGAUGGCAAAAGCAAGGCACAGGCAGCAGCAGUUGUAAGGGAGCAGCGUAGGCAAAUCUGAAGUGUGUGGUGUAAAAUACAGACCAGGCUGAUUCCCCUGGCGCUGGCGAGCACGUGGCUGUGCCACCAGCUGCUGGACCUCCAAACCGAAGCAGCCAGAGCGAGGUGCAGAACACCAGGCUGAUGCCUAGAAAGGCGCUUCCUCACCGCGCUGUCCUUUUAUUAGGCCCCAGUGUUUGCUUGAUGGUGUUUGCUCUCUUUCCAUGAAUUACUUGGCAGGGAGUCCCCAGCACUGCCCCCAGACAGGGAGCUGCAGCGGAGUGCUCAGGAUGAUUGCCUUCAGCCAGCUCUUCACGCGGAGCACAGCACCUUUGGUCUUGGUGCUGGAAUUUUAAUUACAGGCUGAGCAAGCCCUGCCGAGUAUCGUGGCAUCAAUCAAAGGAAGAGAGGUACAUGAUGGCCCUCGGCCCCAACGCCAGUGUCUUACACCGUGGUCACAUUUGUUCCUCCACUCCUGGAGGUCUGGGGACGGUGGGUAGGUAUCGAGAGACCCCUACACACCCCGGUGUUUGUAGGAAAUGAGCGGCGGGGAGCAGAACCAGCAGGUAAAAGAGGCGAGGUGGUGUGGGGUAGGAGCACUCCAGCCUGGGAGCUCCUAAAUCACAGUCUCCACCUCCUGUAGAAUGAAGAAUUUGGGGGUGUUUUAAACCAAAGGUUUGUGUUACUAGAAAAAACAAUCCAAAAUGCUUCGGUGAGCAGUGGCAGUGAGUUCUCGGGGGCCUUUAUGGCUGUUCUGAUGAGAUUGUUAAAAGUUCAGCUGGCAGCUUGUUUCGCCUGCACCUGGCCACAAAGGGCUGCAGCCCCUCGAAUUUAGGCAGGGGAGGUUUUAGGCAGGGGAAGUCCUCCAGCCACAGCAGGAGCGGGGAGAGCUGGUUCUUGGGAGAAGAUGCAUCCUCUGGGAGAUGUCCGUGCUGCUGAGUUGCUCUUGUCAGGUUCCCCCUUUGAGCUGUGAGCACAAACGCCCGGUGCUCUUCAUCUCAGGGUGUAAAUUGGGAGUUUUUUCCCUUAAAGGAGAGAUUUGAUGUGAUCUGGAGGCUUUUUGCCUGUAUUGCUGUUUUCAGGCGUAUUAGAACAGAUGCAGGUAGGCUUUUUUUUCCAAAGAACCAAAGGAGGAGAGCCCUUUUUGACCAGGGUGGGGAAAAACGGGCGGCAGGUGCCCCUGGUGAGUAGCAGGAAGCUCCAGGAAGAAGCAGCCUGGUCCUGGCACUGAGGGUUUGGCACAGAACAGCUCGGUGCUGGGAGCCAGGCACGCAGCAGCUCCGAGGGACGCCCCCAGAGCCAAGAGCCCAGCAGGACGCCAGCGCCCGCCGCGCCGCCGCCGCCUCCGCGAGACCAGCCGGGACCUCGCCGACAUGUUCAAGGGGGUGGGAAAAGGCUCCCCGAGCAGAAGUUCCCCCAGCAGAGGUUCCCCCGCCAAGCCGAGCAAGUCCUCCACAAAUGAUCUGGCCGUGCUCAUCACCCGCAUGCAGACGAACGCCGACCAGGUGGAGAAGGACAUCCUGGAGACGCAGGCGAGGCUCACGCAGGAUGUCAGCAAUCAGCAGAAGAAUAAGGCCUUCGAGUUCCAGGCGGAGAAUGCCCGGAACCUGAAGGAGGCAGAGACCCUGCUGAAGGAUCUCUUCCUGGACGUGGACCGUGCCAAGCGGCUGAAGCACCCUCAGGCUACCGAGAUAGAGAAAGACAUCCAGCAGCUCCACGACCGCACGACGCAGCUGUGUGCGGAGUACCGGGCCCUCUACGAGAAGCUGAACAUCCCUGACGUGGGGCCCAGGGUGGACUGGGCGAAGAUCCUGGACCAAAAGAUGAAACAAGUCAACGCGGGACAGUACGGCCCUGGCAUAUCGGAGCUGGAGAAGCAAAUAGCUGAGCACAACAUCCUCCAGAAGGAGAUCGAAGCCUACGGCCUCCAGAUCAAGAACAUCCGCUGCGGGGAUGUGGCAGAUUUGAAGAGUCAAUACAAGGACUUGCUGAAAGCUUCCAUCUGGCGCGGGCAGAGCCUGGGCAGCCUGUACCACCACCUCCAGGGCUGCACCAAGGAGCUGGGCUACCUCACGGAGCAGCAGACCAGGAUCCUGAAGCAGGACUGGAGCGACCAAAUGUUGGACGUCCAGAGCGUGCGGCGGGAGUACGAGGAUUUCAAGUCCAAAGAGCUGCUCAGCCAGGAGGAGUUUGUGAACAACCUUCAGGAUGAUGGGGACAGAAUGAUUGAACUAAAGCACCCGGCUGUCAAACCCAUCCAGGCUCACCAGGAAGCCUUGAAGAACGAGUGGCAGAAUUUUCUGAAUCUCUGCAUUUGCCAGGAGAGCCAGCUGAAGAGCGUGGAGAACUAUAAGAAGUUCCAGGAUGACGCUGAGGCUGUGAGCCUCUCCCUGAUGAAGAUGAACUCCGACCUGGACACCAAAUACAGCAAAUUCAACAAGGACAGCCCUGGCGUGGUGUCAGACCUGCUGCUUCAGCUGGAGAACGAGGAGAAGGCAGUGAAGCAGGCAGAGAAGAGCAUCGCUGACCUGAAGAGGAGGAGCAAAGAGAUCAGCCCGCUGAAACUGCGCAGGAUGCGUCCCUCCCAGCCCCUCUCCUUGGACACGCUGUGUGACUGGGAUGCUGGGGAGGUGCAGCUGACCAGAGGUGACAAGUACAUCCUGAAGGACAACAGCAACCCCGAGAUGUGGGUGGUGCAGAGCAGCGCUGGCGUGGUCCAGGAGGCACCUGCUGCUUGCUUCUCCAUCCCUCCGCCAGACCCCGAGUCCAUUGACAAGGUCAACAGGCUGGAGGGGGAGCUGAGCGCGGUGAAGCAGAAGCGAGCAGCAGCUCAGAGCACCCUGAGACACAGCCACAAGGAGACGGUGCAGCUCAGCCAGCAGGCUCUGCCCAGGAGCCCCCCGGUAGUCCAGGAUGAUCCCCAAGCCGAUCAGCUCCUCGGUAGCCUGGAUCGUGUUGGCAAGGACCUGGUCCAGGUGGAGAAGGAGGUCCUGAACCGAGUGAGGUCUCCAGUGAGCUACAGCGACCCCACAGACGACCUUGCCAGGAGGAUCAAACACCAGCAGGAAACAACAAAGAAACUUGAGACCCUGGGGGCAGCCAAGGAUGCCUUGCAGAAGGAGUGUGAGACCUUCCUUUCCAAGAAACCCACCAGCACCUCGGCCUCCCAGCUGCCUGUCACGCUGAACGCCCUCAGGAGCAAGUACAGCGAUGUCAAGAUGCUCUCCAGCCUGUACAACGAGAAGGCUAAGGCUGCCCUGAACCUGGAGACGCAGAUUGAGAACGCAGACAAGGUCAUCAGCACGUUUGAGGCCAAGCUGGCUCAGGACAGCAUCAUUCCUGCGUCCCCCAAUGCCCUGCAGGAUCGGGCCAAUGACCUGCAGAAGAUGAAACGAGACCUGGUGGCCCAAGAGGAGUGUGUGCUGAAGCUCAACCGAGGGCUGAAGGACACUGAGCACAGCUGCAGCGCCGUGCAGAACAAUUUCCAGGAGUACUGCCCUGACCUGCCCCGGCAGAAGCGGGAGGUGCAGCUCCUCAACGAUCGCUACCACGCCGUGGCAGACCAGCUGGACCAGAGAGAGAAGACGCUCCGAAAUAUCAGCCUCACCUACCAGCAGUUCCAAAACUCCAAUGAGAACCUGAUGUUCUGGAUGAACAACUUACCCAAGCACCAAGUGAAGACCACGGAUGGGCCAAGCCAGAUCAAUUACAAGCUGCAGGCACAGAAGAGGCUGGUGGAGGAGAUCGAAAGCAAGGAGCCCGAGAAGAACGCAGUGGUCAGACAGUCCCGGAACGUGCAGUCCACACUCAAUGACUAUGAACUCCAAGCAGGCAAAUACAGCUCUUCUCUGGACCCUACCCUGACAGACUUCGCUGCAAAGAGGCUGCGUGUGACCCCACUGCAAGAAAGCAUCCAGGCCCAGGAAAAUGAUGUAACCAAGCUCUACAUGGAGCUGGCAGCAGAAAAUAAACAGCGGCUCCGCUGGCUGGAGUUUGCCAAGAAGAUUGCUGAGAAGAAGGAAGUGCACGAGGACAUUCAGGUUGUACAGGAGCAAACCCAGCAGUCUGAAAACAAAGCCGUGUCGAGCAGGGAAUCUGAGGGGCUGAAAACACAGCUGGAGGAGGAAAGGAGAAAAGUGGCCAAGAUAGAAGAGGACCUGGAGCAACACAGGAGCAAGUUGCUAAUGUUGAAGACUCAGAGGCCUGUUGAAAGAGUGGAAGAAAAGGAGGUGGUAGAAUACUACAGAGACCCACAGCUGGAGAGCAACCUGUCUAGGAUGACACAGCAGAUUGAAGAGGAAGGCAAAAAGAGGCUGAACCUGCAAGAAGACAUUGAAGCGAUGAACCAGAAGCUUGCGCAGAUGGAGAACGAGAAGAAGGCCAUUCCUGCCCAGCUCCUCACCAAAGAGAUAACAAAAAUUGAAAAAGAUCCGAGUCUGGAUAGCCAAGCAGCCAGUCUCCGCCAGGAGAUCAAGCGUCUCCAGGAGGAAAGCUUGGCUGCUGCUUCUGAACUCGAGCAGCGUAAGAGAGAGCUGCAUCAGCUAGAGCGAAAGCAGCCCAACAUCCGAGAGAAAGUGGUGGUGAAGGAGCUGAUCAAACUGGAGAAAAACCCAGAAAUGCUGAAGUCCGUUAGGACCCUGCAGCUACAAAUUGACGAGGAAUCCUUCAAGAGACAGUCCGCAGAGGAAGCGAUAGUGAAGGUGAAGAAUAAGAUUGAGGAAGUGGAAAGACUAAUUGAAACAGCAGAGCCCAAAAUUAUCGUGAAGGAGGUGAAGCAGGUAGAGCAGGACCCAGAGUUAUUGAAAGAGUCUACCAAGCUUAAAAACCUAAUUGAAGAAGAGAGGAGCAAGAACCUAAUGCUUACAGGAGAGCUGGGAGAGCUGCAAAGCCAGUACAGUAUUGCAGAGAAGCAAAAACCCAGGGUAGAAGUUAAAGAGAGGGUCAAUGAGAUUUUCCUGGUGGAUCCUGAAACAGAGCAGGAAAUUGCUCACCUGAAAAGAGAGCUGCAGGAAGUUACCCUGAAAAGGACAAAGAUUGACAGCGAAGUGGAAGAGGCCUUAGCAGAGCUCAACGUCCUCAGGUCACAGAAACCAGUGGUGGAGCUGAAGGAGGUCAUAGAGGAGGUGGUGAAACACGAGAAGAGUCCAGAAAUUCUUAGAGAAAUUGACAGGCUCAAAGAACAGCUGAACGAACUAGUGAACACCAACGGCAGGACCCAGGAGCAGCUCAUUAGGCUGCAGGGUGAAAGGGACGAGUGGAAGAGGGAGAGAUCCAAGGUGGAAACCAAGCUGGUCAACAAGGAAGUCAUCCGAUACGAGAAUGACCCACUCUUGGAAAAAGAAGCUGACCGCCUGCGCCAAGAAGUGCGCAACAUGUCUCAAAAAAGGAGAGCUGCAGAGGACGCUAUCUACGACCUGCAGAAUAAAUACAUGCUCCUGGAGAGGAGGAAGCCGGAGGAAAAGGUCAUCGUCCAAGAGGUGAUUCUGACUCAGAAGGAUCCAAAGCUCCGAGAUGAGCACAACAGGCUGAGCCGGAGCCUGGACGAGGAGGUGAGCAACAGGCGCCGCAUGGAACGGGACGUGCAGCAGCUUCGUGCGCUGGUGGAAGAGCAAGAGAAGAUGCUCAACUUUCAGGAGGAUCGAAGCAAGAGGCUUGCGCUGGAAAAAGACAUGAGGCAAAUUACCUUGAGGAUAAAGGAGCUGGAGGAGAGCCCAGCCCCGGUGCAAGAAAAGAUCAUUAUGGAAGAGGUGGUAAAGCUGGAGAAGGACCCAGUCCUCGAGCAGUCUGCCAGCAACCUGCGCCUGGAGCUGGACCGGGAGAAGAUGGAGGUGCUGAACCUGCAGAGGGAGUGCAAGAACCUGCAGAUGCAAAUUGACGUCCUGCAGAAAACAAAAUCCCAGGAGAAGACCAUCUACAAGGAGGUGAUUCGUGUGGAGAAGGACAGAGCACUGGAGAGUGAGCGCGCACGCAUCUGGGAGCUGCUGAACAGGGAGAGAGGGGCCAAGCAAAAGGCUGAAGAGGAGGUGCGGAGGCUCAGGGAGAAGAUUGAGAGAGCUGAAGGCAUGAAGAGGACGUGGGCUCGCGAGGAGACGGAGCUGCAGAAGGCCAGGAACCUGGCCAUCCAGGAGAGAGCCAACCUGGAGAGCGAGCUGCGGGAGCUGGAGAGGCAGAAGCAGCAGAAAGUCCUUUUCCUGCGGGAGGAGUCCAAACUGCUCAACCAGCGGACUGAGAGCGACAGGCAGAAGAAGAAGCAGCUGGAGCAUGAGUUUUCCCUGCUGGAGGCAGACAUCCUGAGGGAGAAGGACCAGAUCUACAACAAGGAGAGGUUCAUCCGAGAUCUCCAGUCGAGGGUGAGCCGGGAAGAAAUCAAUCACGAGACCCAGAUGAGAGAGACGAACCUCUCCACCAAGAUCUCCAUCCUGGACCCCGAGACAGGGAAGGAUAUGUCCCCUUACGAAGCCUAUAAGAGAGGUAUCAUAGACAGAGGCCAGUACAUCCAGCUGCAGGAGCUGGAGUGUGACUGGGAGGAAGUCACCACCCUGGGCCCCAACGGGGAGGUCUCGGUUCUCCUGGACAAGAAGAGCGGGAAGCAGUACUCCAUCGACGACGCGCUGAGGCUGAGGAGGAUCACCAAGGAGGAGUACCAGCUGUACCGGGACGGCAAGAUCCCCAUCUCGGAGUUCGCCUUGCUGGUGGCCGGGGAAUCCAAGCCUCCGUCGUCCCUUUCCAUCGGCUCCAUCAUCUCCAAAUCCCCGCUGCAGUCACCCACCACCCACCAAACCCAAAACUUCUUCCCCUCGCAGAAGGGCUUCUGUGAUGACACGUGCCCCAUCGCCGGGGUGUACGACACCACCACUGACACCAAGUACAACAUCAAGACCGCUGUGGCGAAGAAGCUGCUUGAUCCCAUGACGGCUCAGAAGCUUCUGGAAGCCCAGGCUGCCACGGGGGGCAUCAUAGACCUCAUUUCUCGGGACCGGUUGUCAGUCCACAAGGCCAUCGAGAGGGGGCUGAUCGACAGGACCUACAUGCAGAGACUGCUCAAUGCCCAAAAAGCCUUCACGGGGAUCGAGGACCCGGUGACCAAGCGAAGGCUGUCGGUGGGGGAAGCGGUCCAGAAGGGAUGGAUGACCAGGGACAGCGCCUUCCCCUACUUGGAGGUCCAGCACCUAACCGGAGGACUCAUCGAUCCCAAGAAAACCGGUCGCAUCCCUGUGCUGGAAGCCGCCCAGACAGGGAUGAUAACGGGCGACCUGGCCAACAGGCUCCAGGAUGAGUCCAACUACGAGAAAGAUCUCAUUGACCCCGUCACGAAGGAGAAGAUAAACUACAAGGAGGCCAUGGCUCUCUGCCAGAAGGAUUCGCUGGGCAGCCUCCUGCUGCUCCCGGCCGCCUCGGAGGGCUACCAGCCCUACCACCAGGCGAGCCGCUCCCCCAAGCUCUCACGGUUCAGGCACUGA